UCUUGACAGUGUCUGGGGUGCUAAAUGUAGACAGACUAUUGAGUGCAGCAUGUAAUCAGGUCUGGGCUGCUGUGACCAGGUCGUCUUUAUGGCAUCAUGUCUCAACUCUCCCACACCUUUCUGUCAAGUCCUGAGGCCGGGAGGUUCCCAGCAGGUUUGUCAAAGAUGAAAGUGACCUUAUCUGCUCUGGAUACUCAUGAGAGUUCUUUCACGCCUUUGGUCGUCAUAGAACUUGCUCAGGAUGUCAAGGAAGAAACCAAAGAAUGGCUGAAAAACCGAAUCAUCGCUAAAAAGAAAGAUGGAGGUGCUCAGCUGUUGUUUAGGCCGUUGUUAAAUAAAUAUGAGAAAGAAACACUAGAAAAUCAGAACUUAUAUCUUGUCGGUGCCUCCAAGAUUCGAUUGUUGCUGGGGGCAGAAGCAGUGGGAUUGGUAAAAGAGUGCAGUGAUAACACCAUGAGAGCCUUCACGUAUGGAACCCGACACAGCUUCAAAGAUUUUGAUGAUGAUAAUGAUGAUUUCCUCGGCAUGGCAGAACGUCAAUUCAUUAUCAAACAUGAACUUGAAAAUCUUCGAGCCAGAGAUGAAAAAAUGAUCCCUGGUUACCCCCAGGCAAAAUUGUACCCAGGAAAAUCAUUAUUGAGGAGGCUGCUCACGUCUGGCAUUGUGGUUCAGGUGUUCCCACUGCAUGACAAUGAGGCCCUGAAGAAGCUUGAGGACACCUGGUAUACUCGAUUUACCUUGAAGUUUCAGCCCAUAGACAGAAUUCGUGGCUACUUUGGAGAAACCAUCGCUCUUUACUUUGGAUUUCUGGAGUAUUUCACGUUUGCCUUAAUCCCCAUGGCCAUCAUUGGGUUACCUUACUACUUGUUUGCAUGGGAAGACUAUGACAAGUAUGUGAUCUUCGCCUCAUUUAACCUGAUCUGGUCCACGGUGAUCUUGGAAGUGUGGAAGCGAGGCUGUGCCAGCAUGACCUACCGGUGGGGUACCCUGGUCAUGAAGAGGAAGUUCGAGGAGCCCCGGCCAGGGUAUCACGGAGUCCUGGGUAUCAACCCAGUCACUGGCCGGGAGGAGCCGCUCUACCCCAGCUACAAGAGACAGCUGCGCAUUUACCUGGUCUCCCUGCCUUUCGUGUGCCUCUGUCUCUAUUUCUCCCUGUUUGUCAUGAUGAUUUACUUCGACAUGGAGGCCUGGGCCUUGGGUCUGCACGAGGACAGCGGGUCCGAGUGGACCAGCAUCUUGUUGUACGUGCCCAGCAUCAUCUACGCCAUCGUGAUCGAGAUCAUGAACCGCCUCUAUCGAUACGCCGCUGAGUUUUUAACCUCAUGGGAGAAUCACAGAUUGGAAUCUGCCUACCAGAAUCACCUAAUUCUGAAAGUGUUAGUGUUCAAUUUUCUGAAUUGCUUUGCCUCACUUUUCUACAUUGCCUUUGUCCUGAGGGAUAUGAAGCUUUUGCGUCAGAGCUUGGCCACUCUCCUGAUUACCUCCCAGAUCCUUAACCAAAUUGUAGAAUCUCUGCUUCCUUAUUGGCUCCAAAAGAAGCACCAUGUUCGGGUAAAGAAGAAGGUGGAAGCUUUAAAGGCAGACAUCGAUGCUACAUUAUAUGAACAGGUCGUUCUGGAAAAGGAAAUGGGAACUUACUUGGGCACCUUUGAUGAUUACUUGGAGUUAUUCCUGCAGUUUGGUUAUGUGAGCCUUUUCUCCUGUGUUUACCCACUGGCAGCUGCCUUCGCUGUGCUAAAUAAUCUCACUGAAGUUAAUUCAGAUGCCUUAAAAAUGUGCAGAGUCCUCAAACGUCCAUUCUCACAACCCUCAGCCAGUAUUGGUGUAUGGCAGUUGGCUUUUGAAACAAUGAGUGUUAUAUCUGUGGUCACCAACUGUGCUCUGAUUGGAAUGUCACCACAAGUGAAUGCACUCUUCUCAGAGUCAAAAACAGACCUCAUUUUGAUCGUAGUAGCCGUGGAGCACAUGCUCCUGGCUUUGAAGUUCAUCCUUGCAUUUGCCAUACCUGAUAAGCCACGGCAUAUCCAGAUGAAACUGGCCAGAUUGGAAUUUGAAUCUUUGGAGGCGCUCAAGCAGCAGGGAAUGAGGUUGCUCCUUCCCACCCCACCCUCUUCAGCAGGGCAGCUGAAGCACCCUCACCAAAGAGCUGAGCUGCGGGAGGCAGCCCGGGGUCCACCCCAGCACCCUCAGCAUGGACUGUGGUCUGGACCUGCCCAGUGACCCAGUUUGCUUUCUGGUAAAAGAUGGCAGACCACAAAUCAGACUGCCAGGCCUCGGUUUGUCCAUGGAGGGACUUGGAGGGCCUGGUAAAAGUUCGAGAGAGUCCUGGCUCCCUCUACAAACCAGCAUGAUGGCAUCUUAACAUCUCAGGGAGGGACCAAGAGUCUGCGUUUAACAAGGUCCAGGGACCAGAGUACCAAAUCAUCAAGCUUCCUUCAGAACUUUUAUGCUUCUAAAGUUAGUUCUGCUAAAGCCCCCCAUUUUGCUGGAAGGCGAGGAGGAUGUGGGCAGUUUCAUUACGAGUUCCAUGACUGCACACUGUGAGGGGAUGCAGACCUGUGAGCAGUGGAAAGCAACUGGAUGACCCGGGGGAGCCGUCUCAAGGCCAGAUGGCCUCCAACCCCAUCUCUCAGGCAGCAGCCGUGGAGACCUGCCCCGAUUGUGCCAGAAAGGUUGGUGCGUCGCUCACUGACCUCACAUGCGGUUUAACUCUUCACCUCAGGCAGGCAGGCUGUGGCAGUUUGUUCCCUCUUAGGUUUUUCUUUAGGGUCUUAAGGUCUGGUCCUGCUCUCUGCUCAGCAUAGCCAGCUGGGGGUGUGGAAGACAAGGGGGAGACCUUGUUGAGCCCCAGCUCCUCACCCACUGUGGGCGAUGUGGCCUUUGGGGAUCACAAAACUCCACGAGACAGAUGGAGCCCUGCGGGACCCGGGGUGGGAAGUGGGGAUCAGGGGAGGGUUGGCCCAACCCAGAGGCCCAGGGGAUGGAGAGUCCCUACCUUUGAUUCCAGCCACACAGUCCAGUGCAGACCCCUGCCCUUAGGAGCUGCCCUCAGCGGGGCCGGCACUGCAGGUGGGAGUCAUCCAGCCCGGUGGGUUCAGAGUCUCUUCCCAGGCCUUGCACCUGAAAGAGAGUCAUCUCCAGAAUUAGGUCACUUGGAGCAGGGUCGUUCAGGGGACAGGGCCUAUCCACAGCCACACACACAGAUCGGGGGGCUGUCUGUACCUCGAGGCUGUCUGAACCUCAGAGGUGCCUUUCAAUCAAAAUUCGUUUGAUCAAAACCCAUUGUGGCUAUUUCCCUAGUGGUCCAGUGGUUAAGACUUCGCUUUCCAGUGCGGGGCAUGCAGGUUCAAUCCCUGGUCAGGGAGCUAAGGUCACAUGCCUUUUGGCCAAAAAACCACAACAUAGAAACAGAAGCAAUAUUGUAACAAACUCAAUAAAGACUUAAAAAAACAAACAAACCUCAUUAUGAUUUUUCUUCCCAUGUGGAGGAGGACUCCUGGCUGUAUGAUUCUGUGAGAAACCAGGGAACAUUUUAUCCUCAUCAGUUUAGAUUUUAAUUUCUGAUGGCUACUCGUCAAAUUAUGUCCCCAACCCCUUUUUGUCUCUCAUGAGAAGACGUUUGAAAAGGUCCCCUAAACCCAGGGCGAGAGAGAUGAGGACUGUCCGGAGUGAAGGGGGCCUCCUGAGUUACUGGAGAUCUAGAGCGGCCUUCAGAGUGGAGCAGGAGGCACAGACUCUGACUUACAGUCUGCAGAGGGGUCUCCUCCCCAAAAGCGGAGGGAGUGUGUGUCCUGUCCAGUUGUGUGGCACUCAGGGCUCCCAGGAGGCCAGCCAGGAACCCGGCCCCAGCCAUGUUUGUGCUCAGAGUUGUUUUCUCCAUAAGUAAAUAGCUGUUAUCAACAAUCUGUGUGUGUGUGUCCGCAUGAAGUCAAAUUCCAAAGGUGUAAUUGAUUCAGUCAACAGUGCAGAGCUGUACUCACGUUUCCCAGCACCCAAGGCAGCAGUGUCCGGGCCCCGUGUCCGGGUGGGGCCCCAGGACUGGAGCUGGAGCGCUCCCUCCUCACAUGCCGCGGUCCUGGGUGCAGGCCCCUUCCUCUGAGCCUUCACAAGAUGUCCCUGAUGCUCCUGGAAGUGGCUGUUGGGACAGAGGGCUGGUGAGACGUCCGCUCUUCUGGGGCCUCUGCUCUGGGCCAGGGACUUCAGGGGCGGUAACCCCAGCAUCAGCCUGCAGGGUAUGCACCUCUCACCCACGGAGAGGGUGUGACACCAGGCUCAGCGGUCACACUUCCGAGGUCACUCGGUGUGCAGGGGCAGAGCAAGGACUUGGCCCCACAUCAGGCUGCAGCCCCCAGCCCUGUGGUUCCCCGCCUUCUCCUGGAGGUCCAGGGAGGAAGAGGUGCCAGCUGCUUCUCACUUCAGCGUCUGUAAACCCCCACCGAGCUGGGCGCACACAGCACGUUCCACCCAAACCUACCACUUCCCACUCCUCUGGGUCAGAAACAGGCUCCGGACUCGCAGGCAGCCUUGGGCCGCAUCAGUGACCCAGGUUCCUUGGUUCCAAGUGCGUGUCCCCGGACCUCAAUGAGCCGCGCCAGGCGUCUCCCACAGUGUGUGUGUCAGGGGACGCCCCUGAGGUGCCUCCACCCAGGCUCGCGUGGCUCAGCGCGUUCCCGUGUUCUCUCAACAGCAGAUGAAGCUCACCUCCGAGAACCUGAAAGAGGAAUGCAGGGAAGGCAGGAAGGAGAAGGCGCCCUGAGGGUGGGCCGACCCGCUUCCAGGCUCCUGCCCGAGCUCCACACCCACUCCAGCCGCCUGACCUCGCUCCGGAGCCUCGCAUAUGGACCGACCACCAGCUCCCCACGCCACCCUCACGGUGACGGUUGGCCGAUAUGGGUGGCAUCAGCCGCGCCCCCGCUGAGAGUGACGGGUGUUUCCACACUCCUGGCUCUGUCCUGCAAUAAGUUCACAAGCCCUUCAUCGACGGAAACAGUGCCCACCGAGCUAUUAAAAAGGCCACGUGCACACCUGA